AUGCGCCUUCCCAUCCGCGCCGUCGUCCUCGCCGCGGCAGCCGCGACCCUGGCGGCCCCUCGCCGCACCUUUGUCAGCCCCAGAGACUCUCAACUGGGCGCCGACGACGUCCUCUCCCUGCCCUACAACUCGACGUCCAUCGACCAUCCUCCGCGUCACCUCCUCCUUCGUCGGGACGACGCCCCUCCGGCUCCCACCCUGUCGAUGGCAACGACGGCCACGACGGGCACGGCCACGACCGUCGCCACGGCGGCGGCCACGGCGACAAAGGGAGCGGCGGCGACGGGUUCGGCCGCGGCAUCGGCCGUUCGCCUCCGCCCAAACGAUUCCUUCAACGUCACCGCCUGGGACCUGGAGACAAACGCCGCCUGCGUCGCCGCCCUCCGCGCCAUCCUGCGCAGCACCAACCCUUCGGGCACCUGCGUCUGCUACAACCUGCCUUCGCUCGACAGCGUCACGGGCAUCUUCGAGGCCGACCUGCGCCUGUUCCGCGUCUCGGAAGCCCGCGACGCCUUUGCCGACGUCCGGCAGAGCCACAUCCAGGUCGGCGUCCAGUUCAACGGGGCGUCGGUCAGUUCGAUCAGCGAGGAGGAGCUCAUGGGCAUGGGCAUGGUCCGGAACAGGACCGUCGUCAUCGAGCCUCGCGCCCACGACGGCGGGCCGCAGCUCGUCCACACGUACAUGUUUGUCGGCCAGAUCGACGAGCAGCGGAUGAGCGCCAACAUGUCCAUGGCAGCAUUCGAGGCCGUCGUCAUGCCCACCUUUACCCUCUCGGCCACGACGCGAAGCGGCGGCGACAUCUCGACAAACGUCUCCCUCAACGAGGCCGCCUUCCUCACCGGUGUCUUCGCCAACCAGGUCAUCAUGUCCGACGUCAGCGCCGCCCAGGCCGCCGUCGACGCCAAGCUCGCCGGCCUGCGCAACGGCACCGUCGCCUUCGUCCUGCCCGGCGUCCAGCUGAUGGUCUUCCCCAUCGGCCUCAUCAUCACCUCCGUCUGGCUCCUCCUCGGCCUCGUCGCCUUCACCAUCGGCACCUUUGAGCGCAUCGUCUACGCCGACAUGUACAAGCGCAGGCUGCAGUCGGUCGCCCCCAAAGGCCGCACCAUCUAG